AGGAGGCGGAAACGGAAAGCUAGUUACGGGAGAAGUUGUUGCAGCGUGUAGAGAUUGGAGUCGUUUGGUGAGCUGGUGGGGCUCUGUGAGGCAAAGGUCAGUUCCGGGCCGCAGGGCGGGAGGAUUUGGGGCAAGAGAGUCAGGAGGGAUCCCGCGGACGAGACCCGGGAUCUGAGGGGUUUGAGAGGGCGGGGCUUGAGGAAGCGAAGCUGGUUGACCCGGCUCCUGAGUGGAUCUGUCGGCCCAGAACCCGCAGUCGUGCAGCCCCCAGGUUUCUUUCAUGGCGGUCAGAGCGUCGUUCGAGAACAACUGUGAGGUCGGUUGUUUUGCCAAACUCACUAACACCUACUGCCUGGUGGCCAUCGGAGGGUCAGAGAACUUCUACAGUGUGUUCGAGGGCGAGCUCUCCGAUACCAUUCCUGUAGUGCACGCAUCCAUCGCCGGCUGCCGAAUCAUCGGGCGCAUGUGUGUGGGGAAUAGGCAUGGGCUACUGGUACCCAACAACACCACCGACCAGGAGCUGCAGCAUAUCCGCAACAGCCUUCCGGAUUCAGUGCAGAUACGGCGGGUAGAGGAGCGGCUCUCAGCCCUUGGCAAUGUCACCACCUGCAAUGACUAUGUGGCCUUGGUCCACCCAGACUUGGAUAGGGAGACAGAAGAAAUCCUGGCCGAUGUGCUCAAGGUGGAGGUCUUCAGGCAGACGGUUGCUGACCAGGUGUUAGUUGGAAGCUACUGUGUCUUCAGUAAUCAAGGAGGUCUGGUGCACCCUAAAACUUCGAUCGAGGAUCAGGAUGAGCUGUCCUCCCUUCUUCAGGUUCCCCUUGUGGCAGGCACUGUGAACCGUGGGAGCGAGGUGAUUGCUGCUGGGAUGGUAGUGAAUGAUUGGUGUGCUUUCUGUGGUCUGGACACGACCAGCACAGAGCUCUCAGUGGUGGAGAGCGUCUUCAAGCUGAAUGAAGCCAAACCUAGCACCAUUGCCACCAGCAUGCGGGACUCCCUCAUUGACAGCCUCACAUGAGUCACCUUCCGUGCUGUCGUGGGCUCCUGCCUCUGGACUUUGGCUCGUUUUCCACGCCUGAGUUAGUCAGUACCAGAUGCUGGCAGUGGGCGUGGCAGAGCUCACCAGAGCUGAAUUGUUUGCCCAACCCUUCACCUGUGCCAUCUCGACUAUUGUUUCUGAAAAGCCUGCCGCGUCACACUGGCUUCAGUUCCUGUGGCUCUUGGAUGAAAGUUCUGCUAUCUUGUGCCCCACCCCAUUAAAGGACUGCCUCCCACC